UGUGUACCACUGCCACGGCCCCGCCCAUUUAUGCAAAUCAGUUGUGACGUCGGCGGAAGCCAGCGCUACGUCUCUUCUUCCGACAGAUAUCCCUUUAAAGGCGCAUUUAAACCCCUGGCUUCAGUUGCAGGAGCAACAGACAACCUAUGCAAUAAAGCCUACAGCGGAGCUGAGUGACUGUCCGAGCGUCAGCGGACUAGAGCACGGAGCCAGCGGCUGACACAACCCGGCGAGGUACGACUGCUUAAUAUUGCAGCCUGGACCAAACGACAACAUCUCAGCGACAUUUAUGAAGCUUUCAAGGUCUUUUGAUUGAUCAGCCAAUCGAUGGGGAUUUUCAGAGGAGCUCCACCCACCUUCACCGCCUGCCUUCCUCCUCCCCCCUCCCCCCGUGCCCGCACCCACUCCAUCACCCAGCCCUCCAUCCAGCCCUUCGUACACAAAAUGACUCUGGAACUUACUGAGUGGUCUUCUAUAUGGAUUUUUACUGCUUGUAAUAGACAGUAAAGAAAAAGAGGUGGUAACCUCAAUGAGAAAAAAGCCAUAAACACACACCACACACACAUACACAUUCACACACAAGCACACCACAUGCACACACAAACUGAGAUACUGACAUACCAAAUAAAGCUGACAGAGUUUUCUAGGCAGUAUUUGAUACACCUGACAAACGCACACAAAGAAGGGAAUGUACAAGUUUACUCUUGGAAUGUACUGCACACUCUUCCUGUAAAAGUUCAACUGCUUCCUUUAUUUUCAGUAUUUUCUACAAGCAUUUGGAAAGCUGACCUUGUUAUUUUUUUCCAGUCCUGGGUGGUGGGGGGAACUAGGAUAGAGAAGGAUUAAUACUUCUGAAUUUGAAGCUGCAGUGCUUUUUGGAGGUCUGCUUGUUUAGAGGACAACUGAGUGGUCAUUUAGCUUGCUUUUUUUUAUACUCUAGCAGAUCUGUAAAUUCUGAUUUAUGCCAGAUCUAUAUAUCCAAUAGGUCUAUAUAGAUCUAUAUAUCCAGUUUUCUUUAUUUCUUUAGUGUCCACAGUCUUUGGAAUUUUAGCAGGACCAGUUUUAGAUAAGUUUUAUUAUCUCGUGUGCUGGGACACUAUCUGUAAAAGUUGUUUUUUUUUUAUCUUAGUGUCUUAGUGGUGUUAGCACUCCAUCGUUUUAUUCUUUUAAAGCAGUAAAUACUACAUAACCAGCUACAACCACAGUUUGCAAUUUGUGGCUUGUAAGGAUUGUAAUUAAGUUACGAAGACACUGUUGGUUUCAAAGUGGCCACAGGUAACUUGAUAUAAGUCCUUCGUGGAAGCAGGGAAGUUGUUUUUUUUUUUUUUUUUACUUUUGUUGCUACAGGUAAUUGUUCUCAGAUUUGCCAGUGUGCUAGAAGAGGUGCACUUGUUUACUCAUUGCGUGCAUGCCCUCCACCAUGCCUCCCCAGAACACGGAGGCUGACGCUAUGCAGGUCGGAUCUCUGGUGAGCGGGGUUAAUAACAAGAACUCCACAGCAUCAGGUUCAGAUGAGGACAAAGGAGGAGCAGGAGGGGAAACGGAUGGAUUGGGAGGAGGAGGAGGUCAAGGAGGGGAGGAGUCAGCAAGCGAAGGAUCGAUAGAAGGCAUUUCUUUGAAGAGAUGGUUGAUGCAUGGGGCCGUGAUGUUCGGUCGGGAAUUCUGCUACGCCAUGGAGACGGCACUGGUCACACCUGUACUGCUGCAGAUUGGUCUUCCAGAGCAGUACUACAGUCUGACAUGGUUUCUCAGUCCAGUUCUUGGCCUCAUUUUCACUCCUCUGAUUGGCUCGGCCAGCGACCGAUGUACUCUCCGAUGGGGCAGGAGGAGACCGUUCAUUCUGGCUCUCUGUAUAGGAACACUGAUAGGAGUGGCUCUGUUCCUGAAUGGGUCGCUUAUAGGUUUGUCACUAGGUGACGCCCAAGGGAGACAGCCAAUAGGAAUUGUUCUUACCGUGCUGGGAGUAGUGGUGUUGGACUUCUGUGCGGAUGCCACAGAGGGACCGAUCAGGGCGUACCUUCUAGAUGUGGCAGAUACAGAAGAACAAGACAUGGCGCUCAACAUCCAUGCUGCCUCAGCAGGUCUUGGCGGCGCGGUCGGCUACGCUCUCGGAGGUUUAGACUGGACACACACCUUCCUUGGAGCAGUGUUCCAGUCUCAGGAGCAGAUCCUGUUCUUCUUUGCUGCAGUCCUCUUCUCUUCCUCUGUGGUGUUGCAUCUCUUCAGCAUUGAGGAGCAGCAGUAUUCACCCCAACAUGACAGGCUGUACCAGGAUCCAGAUCCCAGCAACCCACAACCAACAGCCAAUGGCAGGACUGGACUUUUUGCCCCAAAGCUGGAGAUGAUCGGAAAAGAUGAAACGAUGGACAGCUACGACCUCUAUGACCCCUAUGGAGAUGACCAGUCAGAGCAUGGAGAUAUGGACAUGGACUUCCUAGAUGCGGAGCUUGUGAGAAGUAAAAGUGACAGUGUUCUCGCCAUGGCAGAUGCCACCCUUGACCACCUGGACCAUGAUGCAUUAUUCUUAUGCCACAUAGAGCCGUCCAUCUUCACUGACCGCCUCUCGCCCUAUCAUGGCUCGCCCCCUACCACUUCCUCCUUCUUUAACCCCAGUCACAAUGCCUCCCAUUCCCAGCUCACCAACCUCAGACACAGCAAUAAUGCUGCAAGUCAGGAUCUGCUCCACCACCAAAAGCACGCUCCCACCCACAAGAUUUCCCACCUCUCUGCUUGCUUACAAGAAAUGGAAAAUGACGAUGGACAGAAAGUGCUGCUGAACAACCAGCUGAACGAGCAACAGACACUGAAUGAGCGGCUGUUCGCCAUGUUAACUAGUGCUGAUAGAGCUAGCACUAACAGACUAAGCUCUCAAGGACAGACCCAUCAUUCUGGAAUGGUCAAAGCUUCCAGUACUGGAGCUCCAACGCGACAGUCACAUCACCAUCACACCUUCUACCGCCAGCCGUCCUGCACCUUCUCUUACUAUGGCCGAGUGGGGAGCCAUCGUUACCGCUAUCGCCGGGCCAAUGCCGCUUUUCUCAUCAAGCCUUCGCGCAGUAUGAAUGAUCUGUACGAAGUGGAGGUCAGACACAGGAGGAAAAGAAAGCAGCGCACCAGACACCGCAGUGGGAACACCACCUCUUCCAGCGGUGACACGGAGAGCGAAGAGGGCGAGGUUGAGACCACCGUGCGGCUGCUUUGGCUCUCCAUGCUGAAGAUGCCUCCAGAGUUGCUGCGGCUGUGCGCCUGUCACCUGUUCACCUGGUUCUCCAUUAUUGCUGAGGCUGUGUUCUUCACUGACUUUAUGGGACAAGUCAUCUACAAUGGAGAUCCUACAGCCUCUGCUAACUCGACAUCGUUGGCUAAUUAUCACAGAGGAGUACAGAUGGGAUGCUGGGGACUGGUUAUAUAUGCCAUGACUGCUGCGACAUGCUCAGCUGUUCUUCAGAAGUACCUUGACAACUUUGACCUGAGUAUCAAGGUCAUCUACAUCCUGGGGACGCUUGGAUUCUCCAUAGGAACUGCUGUCAUGGCCAUCUUCCCUAAUGUGUAUGUUGCCAUGGUGAUGAUCAGUAGCAUGGGCAUCAUAUCUAUGAGCAUCUCCUACUGCCCUUAUGCUCUGCUUGGACAGUAUCACGAAAUGAAAAAGUACAUCCACCACAGCCCUGGUAGCUCCCGGAGAGGCUUUGGCGUCGAUUGUGCUAUCUUGUCCUGUCAGGUGUACAUCAGUCAGAUCUUGGUGGCCUCAGCUCUGGGUGCAGUGGUGGAAGCUGUCGGCAGCGUCCGUGUCAUUCCUAUAGUGGCCUCUGGAGGCUCACUCCUUGGAUUCUUCACCGCCUGCUUCCUGGUCAUUUACCCGGCUACAAACAAUGGGGAGGGAGAGUCAACCAAAACUUCAGAGAAACAGACCUUGACAACGCUGGAAAAUCCCACCAGCAAUGAGGUGGCUGUUACUGUGGUGAUAGAGAAACCCAGCUUCCUGAAACUCAACAAGGAGGGCAAGGCCACCUCCACCACCACUUCCUGUCACAUGGAGAAGGAGUCUGCUCUGUGAUUGGAUGGGCAGAGUCAACAGGCACGUUGCUGUACACCUGCCUAAAUUCACUUUUAUCAUCAAUGCUGUUGGAAAAUACUUAAGGAUACUCACCGUCCUCAUCAUACUGGAGUUUAUUGACACAAAGAGCGGAGGGUGCAUGGUGCCCUCUUGGUCCAAGCUUGGUGUCUGUUCUCGUUUUGACAGGCCUUUUCUGAUUCAAUGUAUCUCAGUUUGCUGCAGAAAACAACUAAAUCUGAUGUGGGACCAGCGUCACACCAGGCCAACUUACCUUACAAAAAGAAUUCUGGUUCCAAUGCUGUUUUCAGCUGUCACCGAACUUCCUUCCACUUGACCCUCACGGACAUUUGACUGAUCCGUCAUGGUCGUCCAGAAGCGAGUAAUUCAUGGUUGUCUCUGUCUCUCAGGGCCUCUAGGAGGUGCUACUGAGCAGUUGCUUGGAUAGAAAACUUCAGGGGACACAUGCAUAUAUACACAGAAACCCACUCACAUAUAUAUAUAUAUAUACACACACACACACACACACCUGUUCAACUGAAUCAAGCCUGAAUAAUGAGCAAUCAUUAGAAAAUGCUGAAACUUGUUCUUCCUCACUACAGUAUCUGCUUGAUCCAAUUUUUGCUCCGUGAUGUGGAAGCUGAUUGACGAGAGUGUGCGUGCUGUGUGUGUGUCUGUUGACUUGGCGUCUCCAGCGGAGGCACAGCAAUCACCAAAAUAAACCCAACAACACGCUGGGCUUUGUGGGACUUUUACAGCAUUCUGAGACAGUAGCUUUAAGACUCUAGAGACCUUUGAAAGUGGCAUCUCUGAAAUUCAGAGCUUGAAGCCUGGUUCAAUCUUGAGUCUUCACACUGAUUGUAAUUGUAAGGGUUUUGUAGUUUUACAUGAAAGUUGUAAAAUUCUUAAUUUAGCUUUCACUCAGAGCAAAGAUGACAGUAUUUAAGAGGGUCUAGCGUAUGAGCAUGAAGUUGCUUGUAUAUUUAGUUAACAAUACAGUAAGAUAAUACACAUGUAUAUUAAGUAAAAUUCCAGGAAGGAAAAGAGCAAGAUGCAAUAUGUGCAGCACACAGGGCAUUGCAAUCUCAAAUGAUUAUUUUCAUGAUUUUUUUAAGACCCAGAGAAAUUGUAUAAAAAGAAUGAUUACAAUGGCUGUGUUUGUUUGGAAUAACCAGACUAACCUACAUGCUGCGUGUUAGAGGAGCAGAGACUAACCAAACAGCAAAGGAGAAGAGAAGGGAGACAUCAUUGUUCUCUUCCUCUCUAUUUUUUUUUUUUUUUUGCAUUUUUAGUAAUUAGUUUUCUUUUAAAUGCUGUUAACACAAAGUUUGUCACUAACUUUACAUUAGCUGAGCCAUUGUUGAAAAAAGUAUUAUAGCGUUGAGUUAGAAAAAUGUUGCUUUUAAGGCGUUGCAUUUGUUCGUCUUAGGACACCAGCAGGACCAUGCUUUCUCUUCUAGUGGAUCCACUAAAUGUUACAGAGGAUCCUGGAUAUUUUGAAAAAUACAAUGUAGGAAACCUUCUGGGGCCUUUGUAAUGAACAAGAGACUAAAUAGAUCAAUGUAGUGAUUUAGGCAUGUUGCUGGAGCCUGUUGCUAGAUUAUGGUCCAGUUUAGAGAUUUAGAAAAGAGCAUUUUAGAUGCUAAUUAUUUCUGGAUGUGGCAUGAUGGCUGACUGUCCCAAUUAGAGCUGCUGCUGCUAGGUGGAUUUUUCUACCUUUAGUCAGAGCCAGGCUGGCUGUUUGCCCUAUUCUAGCUCUAUAUGCUAAGCAAAACUAGCAGGCUGCUGGUUUUAUGCUGCAUGUUUUUUAUGCAGAUAUGUCUGGUCACAAUAACAAUAAGCUUAUUUCUGAAAAUGUUGAACUAUUGCUUUAAAUUGCUAAAUGAACACCAAAAAUAAUUUAUCAGAUAUCCCACAAAAAGCCUUAAUCUGUGAGUUUUGGUGAAAUCAGAAUCUUUAUUGCCCAGAUAUGUUAAACCACAAUUUGACUCCAAUUAGGUGGCCCCCAUUGUGAGAUAAAAUAAAGUAAAAUGUUGUAAUAUUUGUUUUUGAUACUCAGUUUGAAUCCCUAUACUUCCAGUUUAACAAAAAUGACUUCUUCUGUAUUUGCUGGUUCAGGAGGGCAAGCAACAGCAGCUGUGGCAAUAGCAGCAGCAGUAACGUGAUGCUGGGUGAAGAAGUAAAACUCUUGUUUACUUCGACCCUGGUAACACCCAUACACAAUAACAAGACUAGUAGGCAAAUCACAAAAAUAUUUGAUUAAGCACAGAGGAGAUGCAUGCAAGUUGUAUAAAACAGAUUUCUUAAUAGUGCUUAUUGAUAUUGAGUUUAGACUGAUAAGAUUAAAUAAUCAAUAUUUCCUUAGCUGAUGAUGCUGGAUGUACUUUUAAGAAACUAUCAAAUAAUAAAACAAAACAAAAAACAUGUUAGAAAUUUACAAAAUUGAACUUAGUGUUUAUUAUGUCGUUUGUUUUCUGACAAAUCAGAUCUUUUGUUGCAGUGAUGGCCUCUCUUUUUCAAUGGGGGAGAGGACUGUGUGAGGUUGUUGCACCAGGGGUUUUUCCUGCAUCUGUCUGGGUCUGUAUCUGAGCUGAAACUUGCAAACUGAAAAUUUCAGUCAUUUACUAAAGAAAGAAUAUUUUAUUGGAGUGUGUAUUGAAGCUGUUAGUGCAGACGUUUAUUUUAAGUAUUUUGGUUUUUGAAGAGCAUUCUUUCACUGAUGAUGUGGUUGUUUUUUCACUUUGGUAGAUGUUAGUGCAGAGGUUCACCCUGUUAUUACGUGUGCAGUUCCUCACAUAAUUUCAGGUACAUUUGCUUCCUGGGUUGACCCUCUAACUGUGGUGCUGGGACAAUAACAAAAGACAUGGUGCCAGUGAUUCGCAUGGCUUCUGUAACCACUAGUGCAAUAAAAACAAAGACAGUUUAAGGAAAAUUUUGAAAAAAAAAAAAACAACAACAAAAAAAACAACUGGGUUUUGGAGGUUUGCAUGCAACAGUAACAACAAUAUGCAUGUGUGGAACACCAAAGUAUGAUUCUGUACAAAUCACUCAAGCUUUUUUCUUUACUGUCCUAACUGGUUAGGGAUGUAUUUUCUCACGCAUGGAUGGAUGUUUGUGUCUUUUUGUUUGCACUUAGAUGUGUUUUAAAAUGAAAGAACGAAAAUACCCAACGUACUCUUUCUUGAAGCCGAAGUGCUGUGCUCAUUCUGCGUCAGUACACUCUUAACAAAUGUGACUUUUUACAUUUUUGCACACUUGUGUGUAAAGAUUUAGACCAUGCUCAUCUUGUCACACGUGUUCAACACAACAUACAUGUGGAUGGUGUUGAAAUGUGUUAAAAUGUGAGACACGUGUCGUCCCGAGCGACACUCCUUGUUAAAAGUGUAGGCGAAAAACUCCAAGCCAUGAAUACUUGAAGUGCGACUUGAGUGUUUCUGUUCCAAGGCAGUGGAAAGUUAGAUUUGUUUUUGUUUUUGUUUUUGUUCUUAA